AGAGAGGGCGCGCGCACGCGCGCGCUUGUACCUGCCUUCGUGUGUAGCUUACCUGCGUGCUUCCUUGCAUCCUUUAUCAAUCAUAGACUGUAAAUACAGGCCAUAUCAUCAAGAUUGACUGUGUAUUGCACCGUGUGGCGUGUGUUGCUUUAAAGGGGGCGUUCGGCCGCAUAUUCACAAUCGGCCACAGUGUAAACUGAAGAGAGGCUCAUUUGAAGCAAAUAGCUGUCUUUGUGCAAUUGAAUCAACAGCAACAGUGGGGCGCAAUGGGAGAGGCCGAGACGCGCCAUAAAUUGCUGCGCAAUGUGAAGAAAGAGGUGAAACAGAUCAUGGAAGAGGCAGUGACUCGGAAGUUUGUGCAUGCAGACAGCAGCCAUAUAAUAUCCUUCUGUGCUGUAGUGGAGGCAUGUGUGCUCCAUGGGCUGAAGAGGCGAGCAGCGGGCCUCCUGUGCAGUAAUAAGGUAGCAGCACUCUUCAUGAAGGUGGGGAAGAGCUUCACCCCGGUGGAGGAACUGUGUCAAAAGGUCCAAGAACUAGAGCAGCUCAUCGAGACCAACAGACAGGCUCAACUAAAUAAUGUCAGUGUUCCGAAACAACCCAGGGUGACCAACCUCCCCCCCCAGGGCUUGAGGAACCUGUGGAUCCGCACUGCUCUUAUGGAGAAGCUUCUGGACAAGAUUGUAAUGUACCUAGUGGAGAACAGCAGUGCUUUCUAUGACAGGGAGGCCAUUCUAAUGGAUGCUGUGGAUGGACCAAUCCUUGCCUCUCUGUUAGUCGGCCCCUGUGCUCUGGAGUACACUAAGGUGAAGACAGCCGACCACUUCUGGACAGACCCAUCUGCUGAUGAGCUAGUCCAGAGACACCGCAUCCACAGUGGCCACUGUCGCCAGGACUCCCCCUCCAGGCGACCUGCCCUGAUCCAGAAGAGGCAGUCCAGUGGCAGUAUGGAGGACCGGCCCAUCCUGUGGGCUCGGGACUACGUUGAGUCCCUCCAUCAGAACAACAGGGCUACACUGCUGUUUGGCAAGAACAACGUCCUGGUGCAGCCGAGGGAUGACAUGGAGGCUAUUCCAGGGUACCUGUCUCUCCACCAGACUGCAGAUCUCAUGACCCUGAAAUGGACGCCCAACCAGCUCAUGAAUGGCACUGUGGCAGAUGAUACUGAAAAAAGUGUUUAUUGGGACUUUGCCAUGACUAUUCGCCUGGCGGAGAUUGUUUAUCUGCACUGCCAUCAGCAAGUGGACAGUGGUGGGACAGUGGUUCUGGUGAGUCAGGAUGGGAUCCAGAGGCCUCCACUGCGGUUCCCCCGGGGAGGACACCUGCUCCAGUUCCUGACCUGCCUGGAGACGGGCCUGCUGCCACACGGACAACUGGAUCCCCCGCUCUGGUCCCAGAGGGGAAAGGGAAAGGUUUUCCCUAAAUUGCGGAAGAGGAGUCCGCAGGGCUCUGUGGAGUCUGUGUCGGAUAAAGAAGAGGACGAGGCCACUGACUAUGUCUUUCGGAUCCUGCUUCCUGGUACUCCGUCAGACUUUGUGGCUCCAGAGCUGAUGGACCAGGCGUUGAACAUGUGGCACCCCACACCCAGGAAGUCCUCCUGUUUCUCCUGCGCUCUCAACGGAUCCCGUGUUGGCUCACUACCCAACGGCUGCAACCAGGACAGGGCUCCCCUGAAACUCCUCUGUGACACCAUGAAGUACCAGAUCAUUUCCCGUGCUUUCUAUGGUUGGCUUGCCUACUGCCGUCACCUGUCCACUGUUCGUAUCCACCUCUCUGCCCUGGUCAACCCCACCAUCAUCGACCCUAACGUGCCUCAUGAUGCCCAGGAAGGACUCACUGUGGAUGUCUGGAGCAGCUUCCUCCAGGACCGCUCUGCAUAUGAUGAGCAUGAGCUUCUGCGUCUGGUGUACUAUGGUGGUGUGGCUCCUACAAUACGCAAGGAGGUCUGGCCAUUCCUGCUGGGACACUACCACUUCGAUAUGACCCAGAAAUGUAGGAUGGAGGUGGAUGAGCAGGUGCGGGCCUGCUAUGAGCAGACUAUGAAAGAGUGGCUGGGCUGUGAGGCCAUCGUAAAGCAGAAAGAGGGGGAGAAGCAUGCUGAAGCCAUAGCCAAGUGCAACUCUGUGGCCAGUGUAGACAGACCAGGACCAGUGCAGAGAGACUCCACCAUCAGCACUGAUUCCUCACAGAGCAUUGGUUCAGACAAACAGAUUGCCCACUCACAGAAUGACUCCAGAAGUAGCACACAGGCAUUUUGGUUUGUCGAGGAAGUGGAACUGAUUGAAUCUGAGACGAAGCGAGAGAAAAGCAAAGAGCGGUCCAAAACCCCACUGAAAGACCUCCGAGAUGUAGCCAUCCCAAACGGUACCUCAGACUCUGGGGACCCAUCCUUCUAUAGCUUGUCUGUUGACUCAGGUCUUCCAGAACAGCCUCAAAGCACAAACAACAGCAACAGUCCUGUAUCUGACUCACCAGUCAGACCAGCAGCCACUCAGCCAUCACCAGAGCCAUCAGCGGUCCAAGGAGCUGCAUAUAGCCUAGUGGCCAAGGCUGAGCCACCCCUAAUAGAGAAUCCUUUCACUGUCUUGGGAACUGAAGUUGGAUCUGAAGACCUAAAGCUGCCGAUAACAGUUGACGACAAGGCUGCAUCAGCCGGAGAGUUCAAGGCCCCAGAGCGUGAAGUGGUUGCAAGCUCUAGAUUGGUAGAAAUCGUGAAAACCUCAGAGAAAGUUGAAGAGGGUUCUUACAAAAAAUAUGCAAAGUCCUUAGGAAAUGUUGAAAUGGAAGAAAACAACGUUAUAGCAGAUGGGUUGUCUGAAGUUUCCACCACAGAAGACACAAAGCUCCUUGUGAGAGCAGUGUUUGCAACUGAGAAUACUGAUAUUCUCAAACUAGAAAUGGAGGUUUCUAAUAUAUAUAUUCCAGCUCCCCCACUAGGCGAGGCCACAUUUACUAAAACACAAGAGAACAAAGCCCCAGCGACAGAGCCCUUCUGUUCCAGAGAGCCAUCUGUAACAGAAGGAAACAAAGAUUCAACAAUGAUAAGGGAGGCUGGUAUUGCUGAAAAAGAGGACACAACCUCCUCUGAAAUGGAAGAAAUCACAGAAUCUGAAUUUCAAAAAAUGCAAACCCCUCAAACCAGCAAGGCUUGUGUUUGUGAGAAAGACAUGGAUAGUACUAAAGAAAAGGUUGCAGAUGUAUUUGUAACCAAACCAUUAGACUCUGUGGAGGCCAAUUUCCCUGAGAAUUACAAUAACAAAGCUGCAGAAAUGACAGCUGCCAUAGAUUCAGAGAAACAUGCACCUGCAUUGCCAGUACUGAAUCCACCCCUGCCUGAGGCCAGGGCCAGUGUUACAGUGACAUCCCACUCUAGGCGAUCUCCUGAUACACUAGAUUCUGAUGACUCGCCCUCCGCCUUAGAGAUGGAGGAUAUUCCCACGGCCUGGGCUAGACCUUUGUCUGGCCUGAUGGCUCCCCCACCUGCCCCCUUGGCCCUGGGGAGAGUUGGCUCAGGGGAGCCUGUCCUGGAUGCACCCUCCAACACCAGUCCUGAUGGAACAGAGCCAGCCCUGUCUGAGGAGGAGCCUGAGAUGGAAAGUCUCUACACUCAGUCUGACUCUGUGGUUGAGACAGAGGAACUCAAACCUGAUGUCUCACCAGUGGCAUUGUCCCCAGCAGGGACUACCUAUUCUCAAGAGCAGCUGGAUUUGUACUUGCUCAACCUGCAUCGCAUUGAUAAGGACGUGAGGCGCUGUGACAGAUCCUACUGGUACUUCACUCCUGCUAACCUGGAGAAACUACGCAACAUAAUGUGCAGUUAUGUAUGGCAGCAUCUGGAGAUUGGCUAUGUCCAGGGCAUGUGUGAUCUGCUGGCUCCUUUACUGGUCAUUCUGGAUGACGAGGUCAUAGCGUUCAGCUGCUUCUCUGAGUUGAUGAAAAGGAUGAAUCACAACUUCCCCCAUGGAGGGGCCAUGGACUCACACUUUGCCAACAUGCGCUCCCUCAUCCAGAUCCUUGAUGCAGAGCUCUUUGAAGUGAUGCAGAUGAAUGGAGACUACACUCACUUCUACUUCUGCUACCGCUGGUUCCUGCUAGACUUCAAACGAGAGAUGGUGUAUGAUGAUGUGUUCUCCGUGUGGGAGACCAUCUGGGCGGCCACGUAUACCUCCUCCACUCAUUUUGUCCUCUUCAUCGCUCUGGCACUGGUGGAGAUGUACCGAGACAUCAUCCUGGAGAACAACAUGGACUUCACUGACAUCAUCAAGUUCUUCAACGAAAUGGCCGAGCAUCACAACGUCCCGCAGGUCCUAACGAUGGCUCGAGACUUGGUCCUCAAAGUGCAGACUCUCAUAGAAAACAAAUAAUCCACCAUGCGUCUGUUCCUUUCCCUUUCACUCAGUGUGCAACAUUUUGACAAUAUGUUCACUUGUAUUUGUAUGAAAGCUAAAAAAACAAACAAUUAUUCAGUAUUUCAAAAUCAUGCUUCUAAAUAAUUAUUUAUAUUCCUGAAAUCAUCAGGUGACCCAUACUGAAAAUAUACUCACACUACAAUAAUUGCACAACACAAUAUUUCUGUGUCUCUAAAAGCACUUUCCUAUGUUCAGGUAAUUAACAUUAUAAUCAAUACGUUUGAAUAAAUGUAAUUGUUCACUUAGUGAAUGUACCCUUUUAAAAACAAAAACUCUUUUGCAUAUUGCUUCAGGAUGUUUUUGUAUUUGUUUUGCCUUAAAUUUAGCUAUUUUGUGCAGGGAUAUUCUCAAUAUGAUUACCAAAUGAGAUCUUGUUUGUACAUUGCCAUCAUGCACUUCCCAUCAGUUAGAACCAUUCACAGAGUAGAGGUGCAGCCCUCCAACAUGGUAGCCAGUAUUUUUGUAUUAGUGCUUAAAUCGGUCUCUUCAUUAUAUAUUCACCUGGCUAAAUGUCUGUGUGUAUUGCUGUGGUACUGUAAUGUUAACUGUAAAAGUAUUUGUAACACAAAGGCUAAUGUUCAAAAGUAUCUGUGAGCAUAACAAUGGAGCUAAAUUGUUUCAUAUCAGAUAUGUACACACGUCAGCUACGGUAUAUGUGAUCAGAUAUGUACACAUGUCAGCUACUGUACAUGUGAUCAGAUAUGUACACAUGUCAGCUACUGUAUAUGUGAUCAGAUAUGUACACAUGUCAGCUACUGUACAUGUGAUCAGAUAUGUACACAUGUCAGCUACUGUACAUGUGAUCAGAUAUGUACACAUGUCAGCUACUGUAUAUGUGAUCAGAUAUGUACACAUGUCAGCUACUGUACAUGUGAUCAGAUAUGUACACAUGUCAGCUACUGUACAUGUGAUCAGAUAUGUACACACGCCAGCUACUGUACACGUGAUGAGAUAUGUACACACGUCAGCUACUGUACAUGUGAUUUGUCGCUUGACAAUAAAAAUAAAUAAACUGUCAAACAUAUAUGAGCAAAGGAGAAAAAUACAAAUAUUUUUUAUAUGUAUUCUUGAACUGUUUAUUGUUGUUAUUACUCUGCUGUGUAUUAAACAAUCCGUAUAUUUUGGAUUCAG